AUGAACGAAAGACAAAAGGCUGAAUUAGAAGGAAAUAAAGGAAAAAGUUUAUUUUGCAAGAUUUCACUUAAUGGAUCAUAUGGUUACGAUGCAAUGAAUACACAAAAUUACGCAAAGACUAAAAUAAUGAAUGCACAGAAGGCACGCGUUGCAUGUAUGUCAAAUAAGUUUAAAAACAUAAGAGAAAUAGGAGAGGAUACGUAUCAAGUGAUGCUUAAAGAUAGAUUUUAUAGAUGUGAUACAUGUUUACAAGAGGCAUUCUUCACUUUAGAUAACGCAAAAUACUGGUAUUUGGUUUUCAUUUAUGAUUUUAUGUAUAAAUGCAUGGAUGUUAAUCGUUUUCAUUUCAUUGAAGGUGAUACUGAUUCAUCUUAUUGGGCAAUCGCUGGCGACCCAAAUCUUCCUAACACUCAAGCAUUUCAAGCAAUUGUAACCGAUAAAAAAUUUUAUGAUAAAAACAUUUACAAAUUCGCACCUUUUGAUUUCUUCUGUUUUAAUGAGAAAUUUAAACCUAAAUUAAAGAAUAAAGCUGAAGAAAAAGCACAUGAGAAGAAGUUAUUGGGUUUAGCAAUUGAGAAACAAGGUGAUAACAUGGUUGCUUUAUGUCCUAAGUGUUAUACUUCAUUCAACGGUUCAAUUGAUGGAAGUGAUUUUAAAAAGAUUGCACAAAAAAUGAAAGGAGUUAGUUUACGACAAAAUAAACAAUUAACACCUAAAAAUUAUUUGGAUAUAAUAAAUGAUAAAGUGAUAUUUGAUGGUCAGAAUAUUAAUUUACAACUUAAAAACGGGUCAAUGACUCGCUUAACAAUCGGUAAGACUGCAUUAACAGGAGCACACACUAAGGCUGUAUGUUGUGAAAAUGGAUGUUGUAUGCCAUUUAUUUAA